AUGCUAUCCCGCUUCCCUAAGACCUGGAAGACCUAUCAUCGCUCACCUUCCUCGCCCUUCUUCAGAUAUUCUCGUGGCCGACAACCUGCAAAAUCCCUCCGUAUAGAUACCGCCCCAACAGCCGCGUUUCUCAGAUCCGUGGUCGAGGACGAAGACGACGACGACGACGAAAGCGCCGACUAUUUUGACGAAGAUUACGAACACCAGUUUUCGAAUGGAACCGGCUUUGGAACCCCCCUCCACAGUCGUCUAGUGAGCGAGCCAUUUAUUCCCAUCCUCAACUCGCCACCCCCUACUCAGCGCCGCGCGACGAGUAUGGCCUUGCACCCUCCGAUGAAUCGCCCACCUCCUUUGCAAAUUGAUGUCGAUCCACGAUCCAUGUCCAUGGGCCAAUCCGACCCCAGACAACCCAAAACGCCCGGAAACAAAAUCAGCUCCUUCUUUGGCUGGAAAGCGAACACCGCAACGUCACCCGGCGCGGAGUCUUCUAGUACUGAGAUCUCCGACGGUGGCCGAUCACCAAUGCCUUCUCCAAUGCCACCACUAGCCAAUGUCCCCAUGCGGCCCCCUUCUUCAUACGAUACCAAAGCCAAUGGCUUUGGCCCACCUGCACGAACACCAUCAUUAGGGACACUUAGUGCCCACGACACCGUAUACGCGUCCAAGCUAGCCGACCUUGAGAAUGAAUUGCGCGAAAUCAGUUCCGAAUUGGCGGGGUCGAUUCGUCGGGAAAUGGAACUGGAAGACCUGAUCGAACGCCUUCAAACAGAAGGGCCGGAAAUCAGUCGUCGGACGAGUGAUUAUUUCUCGGACUCUGGCACUAGUUCGAUUCGAUACGGCCCGGACCGACAGGAAGAUAUUGAAAAGAUCCGUCGGGGUGCGGAGCAAGAACGAGCGCAAUUGAAGGCUGAGUUUUCGUUGAGGCUCCAGGAAGAGCGGAUGCAGAGGACUGCGUCUGAAUCGCAUGUUCAAAUACUGGAGAAUCAGGUCCAGCAGCUUCGGCGAGAACGAACGGAUCUAUCAGAUCUGUCAUCUAAAACGAAAGAGUUGGAGACUGCUUUGGAGAACACGCGGCGGAAGCUGCUCGAAGAACGCCAGUCAAAGGAUAACUUUGAAGAUCUACUCACAGCCAUGCGCGUGGAACUAGAACAGUUGCGGAACGAGCGUGAUAUCCUCCGGGAAGGUAAAGCACCUCCCGUCCCAGAGAUUCAGCCUCCCGCGGCAGAGAUGCAACGAUUGAUCGAAGAGAUCGAGGCAUUGAAGAUCGAGAAUGCGUCUCUAGCACAACUGCAAGGCGGACGAUUCGCAUCCAUUGCCGAAGAGGAUGGUGUAGGAAAUCGCAAUUCGGCAUUUGGUCUCUCACGAUCCAACUCGCUAGCCCGCAAGCCCACCAGUGGCCUGGCGCGAUCGGGUUCCCUGUCCCGCUCCAACUCGGUAUCUGGUAAUAAGGAUCGGGAGACGCCCGAGUCGCUGGUCGACAAGGUCAAGGAUAUCGAGACCCAGCGAGAUGCUCUCCACCGUACAUUGAGAAGCCUCUUGAGCCGUCACGCACACCAGGAGCGCGAGUUUAUGAAGCACACUCGCCAACUGGAGGCUGAGAUUGUGCGCGCCCAGGAAGCUGGCCCUCCACGUAAAUUGGGCUAUGAGCGGGAGGUUCGCAGCCUGCGAGAAGAGGUCAAUCACCUCCGCUUGCGCGCAGAGGAUGCGCUGGAUGGCAAGUGGCAGUGCGAGAAGAACUUGGCGGGUCUGAAGAUGGAUCUUGACCGUGCUGAGCAAGAGACUAGCUCUCUUCGGGUGCUUCUCCAAGAACACGAUACGGAGGUGCCCGAAUGGCUGGAGGCGGACCAAGAAAGCUUUGCUAAGGUGAUGGCCACCUCAUCUUCACUGGAAUCUGCCUUCCAACAACUCCAAGCCGACCGGCAACAAGCCGAGGCCAACGGCCAAUCGGCCGACAUGGAGGCGAUCAACAUGCGCAGCAACGAACUCGCCGGCUACGUCCACCAGCAACUGCAAGUCAACAGCUCCCUUCGCGGCCGUCUGGCAACGGCCAUCGACAAGGGCGAGCGCGACCAGCGAAUCUCCGUCGAGCGCAUCAACACCCUCCAAAACCGGAUGAAGGAGCUCGAAGAGAACCUCCUGGUCGCCCAAAACCAUUCCGAAGAGGAACUCAGCAAGCACGAGGAAGAAAUCCGCCUGCUGAAGGACAACCAAAAUGCGCAGCUCCUGCGCAUGAAGAACGGGUCUCGCACGCCCGCCACUCUUUCCCCACGCCCACCUAACACACCCUUCGCCGGCCGGUCUCCGCGCCUGGACAAGACCACCAGCGGCGAGGGCGUCCCCCUGGCGACCGUUGUCCGCGCCGAAGUAUUGGAGAAGCACGUCAAGGCACUGGAGCGGGCCAUCCGUGAUGUAGACAUGGAGAUGGAAGAAGCAGUGGGACGAAUGAACCGCGCCCAGGUCGAUGUGGCCCAGCUUCAAUCUGACAGGGAUGAGGCUCUCCGUCAGACUCGCCGCUUGCAGGCGGACAUUCAAGCCGAGAGAGAAACUCUCCGGUCUUUGAUGUAAUGGGCCAACACUUUUACUUGAAUUUGAUGUCUGACACUUGAUGUCUGAUAUCUGGAGAGCUAUAUCGAGCUUUCUUCUGUGGCCUUUUAUUUUUUAUUUACAUUUUACUGCUCUCGUUACCUAUACCACCUCAUCUGCAUCUGCAUCGGUACUUACCUUCAGCUCCACGGUUGGGGAAGUCGGGUGUCUGGGAGUUUUGGGUUUAUCCAGCGUGUUACACUUUCAGUUGAUCUUUUGGUCGACUCCUUUUGAUUUUUGACUUUGCUUUGGGAUUUGGUUUGUUUGGACCGCUAUCCGUGGGCGUGGUACCGCGGAGACUGUUGCUCGAAUUGGGAAGAGCAAUGGUUGUCCAUUUUGCGAGAUUGGGUCAAGUCCUCUUCUUUCUGGGAUGAUCCCACUUGCGCUUGUAUAUACAGAUCACCACUUAUUUUUGCUUACUUGGUAUAUAAUCAUCAACUGUACAGUACUUCCUAUAUCUGGGAAGACUUGUAUUAUUUUCUUUCA